UGCCACUGUGCAGCAUAUGAACAACCCAACACUACAAAGAUGGCGACGCGCUCGCUACUUGUUAAUUAAUAGAGCAAGUUGUUUUUUUUUCAGAAAAGUUAUAUGUCCUGAAAUAAAUAAUGUAAACAAAAUAUGCACGACUUGCAACCAAAAAAUGUGCACAACAAAUUCAUAAUGAACUGCGCAAGUGUACGAGCUGCUUUGAAAACAAAAACCCAGAGUGAAGUGAAACUAACACAAACAUUACAAAAGCAAAGCGAACAACGAUCCAGGCAGUAAAUACUAUAGACGACGUCGGGUACGUCAGCUACAAACAGAAACUCAACAUGGACACAACUGGCGGUGGAAGUAGUGCCUCCAGCAGCAGCAGUAGCAGCAGCAGCAGUAGCAACAAUGGCAGCUGCCCUUGCUCCGUGGCCAGCAGUGAUGUUUCCACUGCCACUGGAAUUCAUCACAACGAGCAGCCGCAGACAAAGAGGCAAAAAAUAGAUAAACAAAUACGUUUGGUGGGUGCUAAGUCACCGCCAGACAUACUGGAUGCAACCGAUGCUAUGGAUGCCAAUGGCAACAAUAAGAAUCAUCAUUUGUGCUCAUCACUGUCCUCCUCGUGCUCCACACAUUCGCUGUCCAGCAGCACAAACAUCUCGCCCACCACGACGCCAUGCAAUUCGCGUGCCGCUUCAUAUGCGCAGCUCCUGGGCGGUGUACAAAAUUUAGUCAACAAUAUCUUGCCACAAAAUAGCGAAGGUGUCACCCAUGCCAAGGACGAGGUUGACCGGGCGGCGCAGCUAUCCGAAUUGUUGAUUGCCACGAAUAGUAGCAGCAGCACUGCGGCCACUGUAUCCUCCACUGUAUCGUCGACAAAAACGAUAACAGCCAUCGAUGAUAUGCUGGAGUUCGAGCAAUCGUUAACCCGCCAGUGCUUGUGUGGUGUGUCGGAGCGUACACUGAGGAAACCCUUUCAAUCCCACUACUCCCACGACUCGAAUGGACAAAAGAGGAUCGCCUAUCUGCGGGAAUGGCCAACCAAUAAACUGUUGCAAUUCCUAUCCAAUCUGCAGCUGCUCUUUGACAUCUAUUUGAAGCAGAAUGCCAAGGGAUUCAUUUGUACACGCAUCAUGGACGUGUGCGAUGCAUUGAUACGGAACGAUCAUAAACUGAUUGAUGAGAUUAUUGUAUUGGCUGGCUAUAACAAUUCCUAUGUGCAAUUUCUGGCGGGACGUGUGCUAGCCGCAUUUCUGGUUAUUGCCAAGCAGGAGCUCAACGAUGAGUGGCUGCAAAAGAUUGUGGAUCAGCUUUUUAACUAUGAGCACUUGGACAAGGCUGCAGUACAGAAAAUACACUUUAGCUUAGAUAUAAUUAAACGUAUUGUUGAGUGGAAAGAUGUGGAAUUGCAUCCCCUAGACGAUGAUUAUUCAGCAGCAACCUCUGUAUCUGGAUCUGGACCUGCAUCAGUGGCGCCAUUAACAGCGGAUGCUUCAGUCAGCUAUAUGCAUUUCCCUGUGCAGGAUCAACCGCUGGCAAACAACUACUUUGCACUGCAAUUCCGGGAUACAACGAGAGAUUUGGAUACGUCGGCAGAUGCGGACGACAGGCAGCAAUUUAACGAUAUGAACGAUCUAUAUGAUAGCAACAGUCCAAAUGCCAGCAAUACACCCGCUAAUUAUAUACCACCAAAUGGAUGUCAUGUCGUUGCCCUUACCGAUUCCGAAAGCUUUGAUACAACGCAUCUGAAAUGUGUUACCAUUCAAAAGCUCGAGCACAAAUGGCCAACGCUGGUGAAGAACAUGUCAGAGUUAAUGGCGCCAAAUCAUCAGGAUGCUGCCGAGCAUUGUGUUCUUAACUUUUUGCAGCUGUGGGAGAACAUCAUAUCGGUCAAGGCGAAUCUAUCGAUCGAUGAGACACGUCCGUUUUACGCACAGCUGGACAAAUUUGAGCUGUUGCUCAACCAGAAUCUGUCAUGUACGGUUUAUAAGCAGAUGCUAUGCCUGUUCAAUGAGGCACUCUGCUAUGGAUCCACGCUAGCGCUGCAGGACAUGCUGCCGGAGGAGACGUGCAAGCUGGCGCAUCAGAUUGUCUGCCAUGUGCGUAAUCCACGUAUACUCGAAUCCUUGCCACGUCGCCAGCCCGAAAACAUAGUUGGCCUAAUUGGUUAUAAUGGGGCGACUGUUAAUUAUGCAAACGGAUCGCUGCGCACAUCGAUUCAGGCACAGGAAGAUGCUGCGAGCGGUGGAGGAGCAUUAGACCUCGUCGAAAUGGACAAGACUUUGUUGCAAAAAAUGGUGCUGUUGGUGCUGAAGUCGAUAGCAGUUACCGUCAAGGAGAUACGCAGUGAUUCAUCAGAUUCAUCAAUUGACUCGACUGAUUAUGAUGCGUUCCAGGAUAUAUUGGUUAUCGAGCUAUCCAUACGAGAUGUCCUUAGUAAAUUGGAAACGUUCAUUAAACAAACGCUGCAAUUUCAUCCGGAAUGUCAUUUUAGUAAAAUAUUAAUCCAUCUGUUUGAUGAUCAGGAUGAUCACUUAAUUGAAGCGAUGGUCUGCACAUUGGACGUCACGUCGGGCAUUUCAUUUCGGAACAAUGCAUUUCCCGAGCUUGUCUCAAUGCUAAAUCCUGUAUAUACAUUCCUUGAAUUUCUGAAAAUGACAUCGAAUAGCUCGGAUCUACUGCUAGACCUGCUGGUUAGCAAUGAGACCUGCUUCCUGCUCUAUUUGCUGAGACUACUCAAAUACAUUCGGAUGAACUGGACGAUGUUUGUCCACAGUUGUCACACCUUUGGCAUGGGCAAUGCCAUGCUGGACGAAGCUAUGGGCGUGCUCAUCCGUCUUCGUUUUCAAAUAUCCCGACUGGUGUCGCGACAAUUGUAUCCAUACGACAUCUCGCCGGUUCUACGUUUAUUGGAAAGUUGCGAGAGCCUCUAUGAGGGAAAUGAGCUUAGUUAAAGUUAAAAGUUAUAUACUUACAUACAUAUAUGGUAACCACAAGCCUUAUACAAUUAAAAUACGUAAUUUAUUUUUGUAUUAAAUUGAAUAGAAGAAAACUAGCACAAAAUUCGAUAAGGUUUUGUAGAUUUGUCACAUAAUUAGUAUAUAUAAAUAUAUAUAUAUAUAUAUAUAAAUUUAUAUAUGCACUGAUACUGAUCAAUUACUCGUACUCCGAACAUGCAUAGACUUUUUGUUUAUCUCAAUUUAUAUUGUAAGACAUUUAACAAUAAUUAAAAGAGCAAAACUUUGAAAUCUUUUUCAAUACCUACAAAGAUGUGAAUGAGGGUGAAUAAUAUAUGCAUAUUUAACAUUAAUAUUAACUAUAACUCUAAUUGUAAUAAUAAUUGUAGUUUUAACUGUAACUGUACAUCACCUGUUUUUGGAAAUUUGAUAUUCAAUUCCAAACAAAACAAAGCGAAACAUUAAUUUAGCCUAAGAUUGUUUUAAAUCUUGCCUUAAGUAGAAUAUUAGCGUAUAGAAAUACUUGUAUGUUCUGGUAAUACGGCUCAUCUGUGCAAUUUAUUAAAUGUGUGUAUAUUAUAACUUAAUAAUUGCAUGGGCGUAG